CAGCCAAUUCAACAAUGUAAACUACCAACACUGACAAUCAUUUUCGUGUAAAUUGAAAGCAAGCGUAGCGCGAUUUUAUGAUAUUGCGUAUUAAUUUGGCAAAUUUUUAUAUCGCAAAUUCUGAAUUAUAUUACAUAAAAUCAUGUGCAUGAACUCUUGAAAGUAGUUAAUAGAAAAAUUGGGCAAGAUGGUGUCGACGAGGCAAAUGAGUAGUAUAGGAGGUGGUGGAAAUGGAAGUAGUGAUGGUGCCGGUCCAUCUCAUGUGGAACCUGUAACCGUGGCGCGCGUUACCCGUCAUUCGAGUGCGCAGCUUCCAGGGGGCUCGUCUCCUCAUGGAAGUUCGAAAAACUCUUUACUUCCGACACCCAAGACCUUUAAUACAAACCUUCUGGAUCUACCAAUUGAAGUGAUGGAGAAGAUUUUUCGUUAUGUUGGAUUCAAAAAUGUGUCACAUCUCAGACUGGUCAACAGGCAGUUGAACAAUAUGUGCAGUAGCAUUUUGAAUUCAACUUUCCAAAGAUUACAAAACCAAAUGCUCCACCGUUUUCAAGCAAUCAAGGCAAAGAUGCCUCGUCGAGAGUCUGCCAGGAGAAGCCAUCCUCUUGCUUGUGAAUCUGAUAUUAUUGAAACAUUACAUAUGAGACUUAGUUUAUUGCAAAUGACCUUAGGAAAACACAUUGAGAGGAAACAUUGCUGUUUCUUUCCCGGAGAGAUUUUAGAUGAAGUGUAUAGUAUAUUAUCAUAUUUAAAAACAACAACUAAGUUAGCAAGACCAUACAAAGUAACAGAUGAAUUGUUUGACCUGACUACAAUGGCCAUGGAAUAUUUCAAAGAGCAUAUUGAACCCAAUUUGCCAGAAAUUACAUACUUUGGCACAGAUUUCUUUGAUAUCACAACUGCCUUCUCGCCGGGUGAGAGCAGUAAAUCGUACCUAUGUCUCGAUUCACCACCAGCGAGUGGUUUCGAGUCUUCCUCGCAACAGGCUGGCGGGAAUUCUUCGGGCGAUCGCCGCGUGUCCUCUCUAAAUCUAUACAUGGAGGAAAGCCUGCCUCCAUCUCCUCCACCACCACAGAGCAACAUGGUGCUCAGGAAACGGAUACACCGCAUCAAGCAGGGAAUGAAAAAAUACAAUGAUCAGUUGUCAGCCUUGCGCAGUGAUUUACGUAGCUGUAAGCGGAAAACAGCGUUGCAACAGAAGCAAAUCGCCGAACAACAGAAGCAGAUAGCGGAACAGCAGAAACAGACUCUCGAAUAUGCUAAUCGGUUGGAUGAUUAUGACAAGAAGAACGAGGAGACUAGCCGCAAAUUUCAGACACUAUUGCAGGAGCUGAAUAAGUGCAAGACAGAAUUACAGUACUGGCGUUCCCGUUCUCCGGCAGUUCCGCCUCUUUGUGCGGAGUGCGGCGCGUCACUACGACUCUCGCCCGUUGCGGCGCUUGCGCAGUGGCCAUCGGGCUCUAGCUCUGAAGCCAGCGUGGAAGCGAGUGGUAGUAAGGAACCUGUCGCUAGCGUCAUAGAGACUCCCACAGAAAUUCCCCUAAAAACUGAACAGAAGUCGGAGGCGAGUAGUGGCGAAGAAACGGCCGUUAGCACACCGCCGAAUCGUCGCCGGGCGUCGGCCGAUGCCGCAUCUGCAACACCGGAUCGUAAGAAGCGACGCCUUACCCGCCCAAGGAAACUCUGAAACCACAAGGUCUAUUUCACGCGUUCGACAUUUGAAUCUUUGAAAAAGCAAUUCCAAGUUUGAGCCUUUGACUCGGAGAUAUGGAUUGUUUCACGCGGUUUUGAGAUUCUCUUUACGCGUUCCAUUUUUGAACUACAAGCAUGUUCCAUUGGGAACUCAAAUCUCUCUCGCGUUCUAAAUUUGAAAUAUUAAAUUAACAACUCCAUUUAUAAACUCUUAAACAGAGUUGUGAAAUUUGUAUGGGAUGUUGGAUGUGUGUUUUGAAACAAAAUGUUUCACUUGUUCUAUAUUUGACCAUAUAAUUUAUUUUAGGUUUGAACCUUUAAAUUUCAAACAAUGUCAUCAAAGAUCGUAACUUUAUGAAGAUAAUAUAAUAUUUCACUGAUUAUUUGAAAUUGGAACAGGUUCCUUAUUGAAAACACUAUUUUAUUCUAGAAAUUUAAAAAAAAAAGGUUUGUUCCAUUUUGGAACUUUUUUUUUAAAUAUUCAAAAUAGUUUUAAAUUUAUCGUCGAUUUGAUAAUGUCGUCGUCGAUGAAUAAUUCAUCUAUUACUCAGUAUCAGAUGUGUUUAUUAUAAAUACCAUCUUUGUCAUCCUCAACACGUUUUUAUUUUACACUAUGAGGGAAAGAGAGCAGAUAAUAUCCGUAUAAAAAUAUAAUAAUUUAUCUAUAAAAUACAAGGUACUAAACCAUGAAUACUUUUAAGUUAUAUACAAAAAAUACAUUAAGUAAAAAAUCCAGUUAUUUUCAACAUAAGCAAACAUACUUGGGUAUAUGAAGGACUUACUUUAAUGAUUACGUUUGUAAUCUUAGUUGUAGUGCAUGUCCAAUUUCAUUGCUUACUAAUGUUUUUCAUUUCUUAACUUGUAUUAAUUGUACUAAAAAAUUUAUGUCUAAUUGACAAAAAAGGCUACAUAAUUUUUUGUUAAAAAAAAUUCACUAGAGUAAUCGUUUAUGGUACAAAUGCAUGUUGUUGUAUACUCUACAUCAUAGAUCAUUCAAUAGCUAUUGAAUGUUGUUAACGCUCGUGUGACUUAGCAAAUGAGUGUUUUUUUUACAGAUUGACAAUUUACACAAAACAUGGCUUUUGGGGUGUUAAAAAAAUUUAACAAUUUACAAGUUAUUUCGUUCGGUUUUAGUUAUAUUAGUUAUUAAAAUUAUAAUAUUUUAACUAAAAUACACAAGUAGAGUGCAUUUAUAUGACAUCGAAAUUGCUUAGGGUUAAUGUUGGAAAUUGAAGAAUUCAAACUAACACAUUUUAUGAAUUCGACUUAUAACACUUAAAUCUUACCUUCACAGUGGAGACUUAGAGAUAUGUGUAUUAACGCGCGUCAUUAUGUACUCUGAGGGUAGAUUCAAUUAAGUAUUAAUCCAUGUAGUGACAUCGGAAAUCUAUUUGGAUAUGAUUAAGUGAAGGCGAAAUAAUAAUGCUUUAGACAAAUGUACUUGGCAAUCGUGACCCGUUAUCGCCAGUUUGGAUAAGUAUGGUCAGAUGACCAUGCAGCAAUUACAAAAAAAAAUUCACUAAAUCUUUUUAAAGUCGGACAUAAGCAAAAAUGUGACCGCGUAUAAAAAUAAAUGACGCAAACUAUGAACUAUGAAAGGAAAUGUUAUUGUAAAUACAUUGUGUAUAAAAUUACAUAAUAACUGUAUAUAUUGUGGCAUGGAGUAUAGUUAAAAAAAUAUUUUAGUACGUGUUUUAAAAAUUCAGAAACGGCUUCACACAACAUAUCAAAUAAUUUCAGUUACCUUAGAAUAAUUGAGUAAAAUUCGAAACGCACAAUAUUAGCCCCUAAUCAACGAUCAGUCAUAUUCUCGUCUCUUUCUGUCAAAUUGUGUUUAUGCUGUGAUGAAAAGAGAUAGUUGGCUUAAACAGUGCAAUUGAUUAUUUAUCAGAGUCUUUGAAUUAUAUUGCUUUGUGUUGAUUUUUUUCCUAGAGACAGGAUAUAACUCUAACUGCAUUAACUCAUUAACUGAGUUUCGCAUUACUGCCUAAUAAAUUAUUCAGUUUAUUCAUACAAAACUAAAUCAGUCUUAACUGUGGUUUAAGUAAAGAAGUGAUUUCACUUUUACACAUUGAUCUUAUUGUGUUCUGUAGGAAAAGGUGUUUUACAGUGUAAAAACUGAUUUAGUUAAAAAUGUGUUUUAUCUAAUUUCAUUGGCUUUUAUUUUAUUAUAUUCAGUAGUCUUAGAACAAACACAAUAAUCAAAAUUCGAUACAUAUAUUCCAUACAUUUGGUAUGGGUUAAUACAUAUUUCAUGCCUUCUUAAAUUUGCGUGAAUAUUGUCGGAUUUAAUGCGUUCAUAGACAACAGAAAAAAAUGUAUAAUCAAUAAUUUAUCGACAUUCAAGGACAACGAAUUCAAUUUUAAAGCCGCGGUAACGUUCAACGUUUAAGAAUUGUAGUAAAAGUCUUAUUGAUCCUAACUAUAAUAAACUUUUUUUUUCUGUCAGCUAAUCUUAUACCACAUUGGAUUUUUUUUGUUGCGGGUAGUUCAAAAACUCCCAGUAUCGGCUUUGUAUAUAAGUUAAAAACGCUUGCAUAUUAUCUGAAACUGAAUUUCACAAUUCUCAUGCAUUUCAAGGCAUUGCUUUGUUAUAUUUUGUAUAUAAAAUGUACAUACUAUGUGUGUAGAAUCGUAGAUUAUAUAAGUCAAUACAAAAUACAGAUGUUAAUAGUUUGUAUAUUUUUUUAAUUAAAUAUAAUUUGUUUUAGUGCAAUUUCAUAUUUAUCUAUUUCGCUUUAUUUAAAUUCGCUUGAAUUGGUUUAUAUAAGUUAUUUGUCUAUGGAUAGAGGAUUAGGUUCUAAUCUCUAAAGAUGGUUUACGCAUGAAAGCCUAAAACUCAGUUUUAUGUAUUUGUAAUGUUAAGUUAGUUUUAUUUUGCAAAAAAAAAAUAUAAAAAUGCCUUAAGGCCUAUUGGAGUGCAAAUUUUAUUUUAAGUGAUACUUUGGAGUAUGCAAAAAAAUGGUUGAUUAACGUUAGUUAAUUGUUAAUUCACUUAAUAAAAAUAUGUAAAUAGAUGCAUUUGCAAUUUGAAUAAUUUAAAUAUCUUGCUGCAAGUACAGUUGUUGUUAGUUUCUUUUGAAAAUAAAUGAUUAGCAGAGCUUAAAGGUAUAGUUCUGAUCACAUAUAUUAAUUUUAUGCAUUUUUUUACAUGAGUAAAAUAGAUUAACAUCUGAACCCAAUAAUUAAUCCACAAACAAUCUGAGUUCAGACAGUUAUGUUUAAAACAUAUCAAUUAGCUUUUUAAUUAUUUUUAAAAACUGGUGUAAGUUAAAAUUUUGAGAUAGGAUAUUGGUACAAUUGAACUGUCAUUUUGCAUACAAAGGUCUUUCGACAUACACCGAUCCGAUCUACCAUGGAUGGCUAGUAUCGAUAGAUGUCUAUUACAAUCUGUCGAUUGGUUAUUGGCACACUAUUAUCAAUAUUUGGAUUAGGUUGUCUAUCUCAGAUGGUAAAAAAUGGAUUGGGAUUGGUUAUUGGGUUUGGGCGUUAAAAACUUGGUGACAAAACAUUUGAAACCAAUUUAUUUUUUUAUUGCUGACCAAUGUUUGCUUUCAAAGGUAACUAACUAAUAUUAGCCAAUUUUUUGCUGUACAUAUAGUUAAGUAGUGUUUUAUUUUCAUAAUCAAUAGUUCUCUGGAUUACGAGCUGCUUUCCAAAUAUUUUCAUUUUAAUUGACACCCAAGCAACCCUAAAGGUAGAAUAUUACUAUCGUGCCUAAAUUAGUACUUAAAAGCACAUUGAAAUAUUUGUCCUCUGAAACGCUUAAAAUUUCAAUAGUGCAAUAAUUAUCCAUCGAAUGGUUAAAUUUGCGUUUAAUGGUUAUAGUGUUGAACAUUGUGCGGGAACAUUACAAUACGUUGUGCUCGGGUACAACUGUAAGACUGUCAAUUGGUGUAGAUAUUAUAUAUUAUAUAGUAUUUUUAUUAGACAAAAUACAAUAAAUGUGUGAAGUCAA